AUGGCGAACCAGCCAGAUGCCAAUUCUGGCCGCCCUCCUCCUAUGAUCGAUAAUCCUAACUUCAAGGAAGAAUCGGUGAUCGUCUCAUGUACGCUUUACGUCAUCAUUGCCUUUUUAGCAGUAUUUGGAAACGGACUUGUUGUGGGAUCCUUUAUUCGUCAUUCUCGCCUUCGCACGAUAACAAACUAUUUUGUUGUGAGUCUCUCAGUGGCGGACAUUCUUGUUGGAGUAAUUUCCAUUCCUAUAUGGAUUUCGAUGCUACUUUACUCGUCUGGGGGACCUACCCUACAAACAGUUUACUACGUCUUGGAUCUUUUUGCUGGCACCUGCUCGAUUUUGCAUCUGGUGGCCAUCAGCUUAGAGCGCUUCUUUGCUGUGGUAUAUCCAAUUCGUCAUCGAAACACGACUGCAAAAGUAUACUACGUCUUCCUUGUAGCUGUGUGGGUCAUUCCAGCCGCUGCUUGUGGCUCCUCAGUGGAGUUGAGAAACGUGAAUCGGGAAGCCAACAUGCUGUUUUUGUUUAUUGCAUUUUUUGUCAUUCCCUUACUCGUUAUUCUCUUCACCUACGCGCGAAUUUGGCGCGCUGCUAACAGUCGAAUACAACCUGGCCGGGACACCUCACGUACAAUGAAGCGUGACAUGCGCAUUGCAGUUACAAUCGCUCUCGUGAUUGGUUUUUUCGUCGUUGCGUGGUUACCUUUCUUUAUCGUUCAAUUGCUUAUAGUGUUCUGCAAAAAAUGCCGACCAGAAAUUUUCAAUAGGAACCUUCUUUUGUUUGUCAAGUUCAUGCACUACAGUAAUUCAGCGGUAAACCCGAUUGUCUAUGCCGUUAAAAUCCCAGAAUUCCGUCGGGCCUUCAAGCAGUUGGUGGGGCUGUGUUUGUGUUGCUGCCCUACUUGUUUGACUAAUGAAGGUAACUCCCGCACAGUAGCAGAGCUUCUGUCGGCUACAGAUAUGCGAGUGCCUUCAAACAGCUCUAGGGAUAGAGCAUUGUCGCAGUGA